CUGAGUGAGCUCCAGGAGGAGGUUUCUGUAUACCGGUCGGAACGGGAUCAAGCUGCUCACGAACUGGUUCGUCUGGAGGCUGAAAUUAUUCAACUGCAGGCGCUCCAAGUCGACUUGAUCAAGAUGGUUGAUCAAAGGAGAUCCUUCCUGACGAGCGAACAGGAUGCGGAAUUAUGCCUUGCCAGGCGAGACAGACAUCGUCUCGCAACCCUGGCCCCCUCCACACCUUCUUUGAAAGACACCGAAGGAAGUGCUACAAGCGCUAGGACAAAUGUGGGCAUACCAUUUAAUCUCAAACAGGAUAUGCGUUAUUUAAUGUUUUUUUUACACCUUGACCAUACUUAA